AUGAUUAGAACUGGAUCUCCAAUUAAUGUCGAUAACUUUUUAUUUCAUAAACAUAUCCCAUCAUUUUAAAAUAUUUAAUCUUUACACUUCUGCAAGAUAGAAAAGAAUCAAAAAAAAUAAAUAUAUGAAGAUGUUGAUCUGAACAUUUAACUUUCAAUAUCUUAUUUGUUUAAAUAAUUUCAUAUUCCUGAACUCAAACAUAUUUUAGGUUUUAAUUCUAAUUAUUUUAGAAUUUUAGGUUAUUUAUUAAGAUUGUCCUAAAUUAUAAGAAAUAUAACAAGAUGUAACUUUAAAAAUCAAAAUUAAAAGGUAUUCGCAAAGCAAUUUCGAUAAUAAUUAGAAUCGUUUUAAUCCUCAUUAAAAUCUAAUCUUGAAAUGA